AUGGUGCACAUGGCCAGCAUUUGCACCAUGUCCCUCGGCCGCUGUGCCGCCGGCCACAAACUCGAAGAUAAACUUGAAAUGGCAGCCCAACACGGCUUCCAAGGCAUCGAGCUCUUCUACGAAGACCUGGUCGACUUCGCAAAAACUAUUCAAGGUGGAAACACCCCAGAAAAUGAACUAGCCGCAGCAGUCAUGAUUCAGAAAAUGUGUCAGAAACGCGGACUCGUCAUCAUCUGCCUCCAGCCUUUCAUGCACUACGAAGGCUUGGUCGAUCGGGCUCUGCAUCAGAAGAGAAUCCAGGAGAUGCAUCACUGGGUGAAGCUGGCUCACAAUCUGAACACUGAUCUCAUUUUACUGCCGAGCAGCAACCUGGCGCCCGAGCACAUUUCCGAAGAUGUGAACGCCAUCGUUCGAGAUAUGCGGGAAGUCGCCGAGAUUGGCCUCCAGGCACGACCAGUAAUACGGUAUGCCUUCGAGGCUUUGAGUUGGGGAACCAGAGUCGACACAUGGGAGGCCAGUUGGGAUGUGGUCAAGAAGGUGGACCGGUGCAACUUUGGGAUUUGCCUGGACUCGUUCAACAUUGCCGGGAGAAUAUACGCGGAUCCUUCAGUGUCCUCUGGCUGCACCCGGGACUGUGACGAGGCAGUUGUGCGGUCGGUGGCAGGCAUACUCAGCGAGGUCGACGUUUCCAAGUUGUUUCUAUUGCAGGUUGCGGACGCAGAAAAGCUGUCGAGGCCGCUUACACCACGGCACGAGUUUUACAACCCCGAACAGCCUCCCCGAAUGAGUUGGUCGCGCAAUGCUAGGCUCUUCUACGGCGAGGAUGCGCACGGUGCAUAUCUCCCCGUGCGAGCUAUUUUGAGUGCCAUUGUCACCGGCUUGAGAUGGGAGGGUUGGCUGAGCUUCGAAGUCUUCAACAGAGAACUCUUCAACCCCGACCCUAGGAUACCACGUCUUAUGGCUCAGCGUGCAGCCCGCUCGUGGAACAAGAUGGUUUCGGAACUGGGCCUGACGACGGACCAGCCAAAGGAAAAGAUGCAACCGAUGCUAUAA